AUGACAAAUAAACUUGCCUGUUCCACACACCCUCCUCACCCUCCUCACCCUCCUCACCCUCCUCACCCUCCUCACCCUCCUCACCCUCCUCACCUCCUCACCUCCUCACCCUCCUCACCUCCUCCUCCUCCUCACCUCCUCACCCUCCUCACCCUCCUCACCCUCCUCACCCUCCUCACCUCCUCACCCUCCUCACCCUCCUCACCUCCUCACCUCCUCACCCUCCUCACCCUCCUCACCCUCCUCACCCUCCUCACCCUCCUCACCCUCCUCACCCUCCUCACCCUCCUCACCCUCCUCACCUCCUCACCUCCUCACCCUCCUCACCCUCCUCACCCUCCUCACCCUCCUCACCCUCCUCACCCUCCUCACCCUCCUCACCUCCUCACCCUCCUCACCCCUCACCUCCUCACCCUCCUCACCCUCCUCACCUCCUCACCCUCCUCACCCUCCUCACCCUCCUCACCUCCUCACCCUCCUCACCCUCCUCACCUCCUCACCCUCCUCACCCUCCUCACCCUCCUCACCCUCCUCACCUCCUCACCCUCCUCACCCUCCUCACCUCCUCACCCUCCUCACCCUCCUCACCCUCCUCACCCUCCUCACCUCCUCACCCUCCUCACCCUCCUCACCCUCCUCACCUCCUCACCCUCCUCACCCUCCUCACCUCCUCACCCUCCCCCUCCUCACCCUCCUCACCCUCCUCACCCUCCUCACCCUCCUCACCCUCCUCACCCUCCUCACCCUCCUCACCAUCCUCACCCUCCUCACCCUCCUCACCCUCCUCACCCUCCUCACCUCCUCACCCUCCUCACCCUCCUCACCCUCCUCACCUCCUCACCCUCCUCACCCUCCUCACCCUCCUCACCCUCCUCACCCUCCUCACCCUCCUCACCUCCUCACCCUCCUCACCCUCCUCACCCCUCCUCACCCUCCUCACCCUCCUCCUCACCCUCCUCACCCUCCUCACCUCCUCACCCUCCUCACCCUCCUCACCUCCUCACCCUCCUCACCUCCUCACCCUCCUCACCUCCUCCACCCACCUCACCCCCCUCACCCUCCUCACCCUCCUCACCUCCUCCUCACCCUCCUCACCUCCUCACCCUCCUCACCCUCCUCACCUCCUCACCCUCCUCACCCUCCUCACCCUCCUCACCCUCCUCACCCUCCUCACCCUCCUCACCCUCCUCACCCUCCUCACCUCCUCACCUCCUCACCCUCCUCACCCUCCUCACCCUCCUCACCUCCUCACCCUCCUCACCACUCCUCACCCUCCUCACCCUCCUCACCCUCCUCACCCUCCUCACCUCCUCACCCUCCUCACCCUCCUCACCCUCCUCACCCUCCUCACCCUCCUCACCUCCUCACCCUCCUCACCCUCCUCACCCUCCUCACCCUCCUCACCCUCCUCACCCUCCUCACCUCCUCACCCUCCUCACCCUCCUCACCCUCCUCACCUCCUCACCCUCCUCACCACCUCCUCACCCUCCUCACCCUCCACCUCCUCACCUCCUCACCCUCCUCACCCUCCUCACCCUCCUCACCCUCCUCACCCUCCUCACCCUCCUCACCCUCCUCACCCUCCUCACCUCCUCACCUCCUCACCUCCUCACCUCCUCACCCUCCUCACCCUCCUCACCCUCCUCACCCCUCACCCUCCUCACCCUCCUCACCCCUCACCCUCCUCACCCUCCUCACCCUCCUCACUCACCCUCCUCACCCUCCUCACCUCCUCACCCCCUCAUCUCCCUCCUCACCCUCCUCACCCUCCUCACCCCCUCACCCUCCUCACCCUCCUCACCCUCCUCACCCUCCUCACCCUCCUCACCUCCUCACCUCCUCACCUCCUCACCUCCUCACCCUCCUCACCCUCCUCACCUCCUCACCUCCUCACCCCCUCCUCACCCUCCUCACCCUCCUCACCCCCCCCCUCCUCACCUCCACCCUCACCUCCUCACCCUCCUCACCCUCCUCACCUCCUCACCCUCACCCUCCUCACCCCUCCUCACCUCCUCACCUCCUCACCCUCCUCACCUCCUCCCUCCUCACCUCCUCACCUCCUCACCCUCCUCACCCUCCUCACCCUCCUCACCCUCCUCACCCUCCUCACCCUCCUCACCCUCCUCACCCUCCUCACCCUCCUCACCCUCCUCACCCUCCUCACCCUCCUCACCCUCCUCACCCUCCUCACCCUCCUCACCCUCCUCACCCUCCUCACCUCCUCACCCUCCUCACCUCCUCACCCUCCUCACCUCCUCACCCUCCUCACCCCUCACCUCACCCUCCUCACCUCCUCACCCUCCUCACCCCCCUCACCCUCACUCACCCUCCUCACCCUCCUCCCCCUCCUCACCCUCCUCACCCUCCUCACCCUCCUCACCUCCUCACCCUCCUCACCCUCCUCACCCUCCUCACCCUCCUCACCUCCUCACCUCCCACCCCCUCCUCACCCUCCUCACCCUCCUCACCCUCCUCACCCUCCUCACCUCCUCCUCCCUCCUCACCCUCCUCACCCUCCUCACCUCCUCACCUCCUCACCCUCCUCACCCUCCUCACCCUCCUCACCCUCCUCACCCUCCUCACCUCCUCCCUCCCUCCUCACCCUCCUCACCUCCUCACCCUCCUCACCUCCUCACCUCCUCACCCUCCUCACCCUCCUCACCCUCCUCACCCUCCUCACCCUCCUCACCCUCCUCACCCUCCUCACCCUCCUCACCCUCCUCACCCUCCUCACCCUCCUCACCCUCCUCACCCUCCUCACCCUCCUCACCCUCCUCACCUCCUCACCCUCCUCACCCUCCUCACCCUCCUCACCCUCCUCACCUCCUCACCCUCCUCACCCUCCUCACCCUCCUCACCCUCCUCACCCUCCUCACCCUCCUCACCCUCCUCACCCUCCUCACCUCCUCACCCUCCUCACCCUCCUCACCCUCCUCACCCUCCUCACCCUCCUCACCCUCCUCACCUCCUCACCCUCCUCACCCUCCUCACCCUCCUCACCUCCUCACCCUCCUCACCCUCCUCACCUCCUCACCCUCCUCACCCUCCUCACCUCCUCACCUCCUCACCCUCCUCACCCUCCCUCACCCUCCUCACCCUCCUCCCCUCCUCACCCCUCACCCUCCUCACCCUCCUCACCCUCCUCACCCUCCUCACCCUCCUCACCCUCACCCUCCUCACCUCCUCACCUCCUCACCCUCCUCACCUCCUCACCCUCCUCACCCUCCUCACCCUCACCUCCUCACCCCCUCCUCACCCUCCUCACCCUCCUCACCUCCCUCACCCUCCUCACCCUCCUCACCCCUCCUCACCCUCCUCACCCUCCCUCACCCUCCUCACCCUCCUCACCCUCCUCACCCUCCUCACCCUCCUCACCUCCUCACCCUCCUCACCCUCCUCACCUCCUCACCCUCCUCACCCUCCUCACCCCCCUCACACCUCCUCACCCCCUCACCUCCUCACCUCCUCACCCUCCCACCCUCCCUCCCACCCUCCUCACCCUCCUCACCCUCCUCACCCUCCUCACCCUCCUCACCCUCCUCACCUCCUCACCCUCCUCCUCACCCUCCUCACCCCUCCCUCACCUCCUCACCCUCCUCACCUCCUCCCCCCUCCCCUCUCCCUCCUCACCCUCCUCACCUCCUCACCCUCCUCACCCCCCCCUCCUCACCCUCCUCACCUCCUCACCCUCCUCACCCUCCCUCCUCCCCUCCUCACCCUCCUCACCCUCCUCACCCUCCUCACCCUCCUCACCCCUCCCCCCUCACCCUCCUCACCCCCUCACCCUCCUCACCCUCCUCACCCUCCUCACCCUCCUCACCCUCCUCACCCUCCUCACCCUCCUCACCCUCCUCACCCUCCUCACCCUCCUCACCCUCCUCACCCUCCUCACCCUCCUCACCCUCCUCACCCUCCUCACCCUCCUCACCCCCUCACCUCCUCACCCUCCUCACCCUCCUCACCCCCUCACCCUCCUCACCCUCCUCACCCUCCUCACCCCUCACCUCCUCACCCUCCUCACCCUCCUCACCCUCCUCACCCUCCCCCUCCUCACCCUCCUCACCCUCCUCACCCUCCUCACCCCUCACCUCCUCACCCUCCUCACCCCCUCACCUCCUCACCCUCCUCACCCUCCUCACCCUCCUCACCCCCCUCACCCUCCUCACCCUCCUCACCCUCCUCACCCUCCUCACCCUCCUCACCCUCCUCACCUCACCCUCCUCACCUCCUCACCCUCCUCACCCCCUCACCCUCCUCACCUCCUCACCCUCCUCACCCCCUCCUCACCCCCUCUCACCCUCCUCACCCCUCACCUCCCCUCACCCUCCUCACCCCUCCCCCCUCCUCACCUCCUCACCCUCCUCACCCUCCUCACCCUCCUCACCUCCUCCCCUCCUCACCCCCACCCUCCUCACCCUCCUCACCUCCCACCUCCUCACCUCCUCACCCUCCUCACCCUCCUCACCCUCCUCACCCUCCUCACCCUCCUCACCCCCUCACCACCUCCUCACCCUCCUCACCCUCCUCACCCUCCUCACCUCCUCACCCUCCUCACCUCCUCACCCUCCUCACCUCCUCACCCUCCUCACCCUCCUCACCUCCUCACCCUCCUCACCCUCCUCACCUCCUCACCCUCCUCACCCUCCUCACCCUCCUCACCCUCCUCACCCUCCUCACCCUCCUCUCCCCCUCCUCACCUCCUCACCCUCCUCACCUCCUCACCCUCCCUCACCCUCCUCACCUCCCCCCUCACCCUCCUCACCCUCCUCACCCUCCUCACCCUCCUCACCUCCUCACCCUCCUCACCCCCUCACCUCCUCACCCUCCUCACCUCCUCACCUCCUCACCCUCCUCACCUCCUCACCUCCUCACCUCCUCACCUCCUCACCCUCCUCACCUCCUCACCUCCUCACCUCCUCACCUCCUCACCUCCUCACCCUCCUCACCCUCCUCACCUCCUCACCCUCCUCACCUCCUCACCUCCUCCCUCACUCCCUCCUCACCCUCCUCACCCUCCUCACCCCUCACCUCCUCACCCUCCUCACCUCCUCACCCUCCUCACCUCCUCACCCUCCUCACCUCCUCACCCUCCUCACCCUCCCUCACCCCUCACCCUCACCUCCUCACCCUCCUCACCCUCCUCACCCUCCUCACCCUCCUCACCUCCUCACCUCCUCACCUCCUCACCUCCUCACCUCCUCACCCUCCUCACCCUCCUCACCUCCUCACCCCUCACCUCCCACCUCCUCACCUCCUCACCUCCUCACCCUCAUCCUCACCUCACCUCACCUCCACCCUCCUCACCCUCCUCACCCUCCUCACCCCUCACUCACCUCCUCACCCUCCUCACCCUCCUCACCUCCUCACCCUCCUCACCCUCCUCACCCUCCUCACCACCUCCUCACCCUCCUCACCCUCCUCACCCUCCUCACCCUCCUCACCCUCCUCACCUCCUCCUCCCACCUCCUCACCUCCUCACCACCUCCUCACCUCCUCACCUCCUCACCUCCUCACCCCUCACCACCCCUCACUCACCUCCUCACCCUCCUCACCUCCUCACCCUCCUCACCUUCCUCACCCUUCUCACCUUCCUCACCUUCCUCACCCUCCUCACCUCCUCACCCUCCUCACCCUCCUCACCCUCCUCACCUCCUAACCCUCCUCACCUCCUCACCCUCCUCACCCUCCUCACCCUCCUAA